AUGGACAACAAUGAAUCAAGUGAAACAAAACCUUAUUAUGGUUUUAUUUUGGUAAAAAAAAGUAAUGGAACUGUUUGUGGAUCAUUUCCGGUUACUAAAAAAGAAAUUACCUUUGGUCGUGAUAAGAGUUGUGAUAUAAGGAUUUAUUUACCAAAUGUUUCAGCUCAACAUUGUAGUAUUUUUUAUAUUAACAAUAAGGUAAACAUUAAAAUUUUGUAUUUUAUGCUAUUACUUUAUUAUGUUCAUUUUUUUUUUUUUAAUAUUCAAGGCCUAUAUCCGUGAUACAAGUACAUGUGCUUCGACCACAGUCAAUGGGAAGAAAAUUGGUAAGAGUAAUUUUUUUUUGCAUCAAUCUGAUGAAAUUGAAAUUUGUAACAGAAAAUUUUUAUGGGAAUAUUUUAAAUCACAAAGGUAAGUUGUGUAGAAAAUAUUUCUUAUUUUAAUUUUAUAAUAAUAUAUUGUUAUAAUCGUCUUUUAUUUUAGUGAAAUUCUAACAGAAAAUAAACAUGGAUUAAAAAAUGACCAUACAUCACCAAGAAUAUCACGCCGUGUUUCAAACUUGGUAUGUUUUCUUCUUUAUUUUAUACUAUAGUACGGCUAGUAAAACUAAAAGUAUGACCAUUUCGCGUAUGGUGGCCUUUUACGUAAAGUCCAGGGGUUCUAAAUAUUCCAAUGUUCAUGUGCGCCAUGUCACACUUAUAGCUGAUAUAGCUAUAUUUCAGUUGCUAUAGGAAAAACUUUGAGUAUCCUUAAUAAAUGUACUUUAUAUAGAUAUAUAUAUAUAUUAUAAACAAUAUGUAUAAUGUGAUUAUAAGGAUAACUAACCAGUCAUAGAAACCCUAAUGAAAAUUGACCACUAUGCGCGCGGUGGUCACGCUUUUAUUUUCCCUGGCUGUUUUAUAGCUGAGCUGGCAAUGCUUUGCUAUUGCUAGAUAAUAGUGUAAAUAAGAGUACUACUACUAAUAAAUAAUAAUAAUAGUUUUUUUAUCCAUGACAAUCAAAUUAUCAUCCAUAUCACCAUGGUAACCCUUGAAUAAACAAAAAUAAACAAGUAGAUAUUUGUACCAAAAAUAAAUUUAAAAAAAAACCCAGUUUUACUCCUUAGGGGUUAAAUUUUCAAAAAUUCUUUCUUAGCUGAUGUUUAUAUCAUAAUAUUAAGCUGUAUGCCAAUUUUCAGCCAGAUCCGUCCAGUGAUUUGAUGCGAUGAUGAAUUUGUUGUUCAGUCAAGACAUGUUAUUUUAUAUACUUAGAUUGAUAAAAUUGUCCCAUCAUGAUUUUACCAGUCAAUAACAAUAACAAUAACAAUAAUGAUAAAUAUGCUCGUAUUGAUUAUUACAAUACACAUUUUUUAUAAGUAAUAAUGAGUACUAUAAACAAACAUGUUAUACAUUAUUCAGUUAUUAUUUUUGAUAUAUUCUGUUACAUUAUUGCAAUUUUGGUAGGGAUCUCUAAUUUUUUUGAAAAUAAAAUAUAGCCUAUGCUACUCACUGAUAAUGUAGCUAUGAAAGAAGUUUUAAAAUUGGUUAAGUAGUUUUUGAGCUUAUCCAUUACAAACAAACAUAUAAACAAAUGUUUUUUUAAUAAUAUUAGUUUAGAUUUUGUAUUUUACAUUCGUAAAAUUAAUGCAUGUCCUAUUGAGUAGUCAUAGUAUAUAUUUUCCGAUAUAAUUUUAUUAUUAUAGCUAAUCUAUAUGUAUACCAUUAUAUAUUUAUUUUAUGUUCAUAUGUUUAGUGUAAUCUUAAAGGAUCAGUGACUCCAUCAAAGAAUAUCAAGAAAACUCCUUCAAAAAUAUUUAUAAGCUUGAACAAAACACCAAUGUAAGUAUUCAAUAAAAUAAAAAUAAUAAUAAUAAUAAUAAUAAUAGGUAUUAAUCAAAUAUAUUAUGUUAUAUGAUUUAAAAUAAAACUAAGUUAUAAGCAGUGGUGGCUCGUGCAAUGGUGCAAUCGCACUCCCUAUGUAUAUUUUAAAUAUAAUAAAAUUUACAAUUGUCAAUUAUAUUUAUUAUAGUAAAUGGUAUUCAUUAUAGUGUGUAUUUUUAUUAAACUAAUAAAAAUGAUUUUAUAUUGCAAUGGAAAAUAAAUAGAACAAUAUGGCAAUUCCAGCCUUAUAAAAAUUAAAUACAGGUUGAGUAACCAAUAUCAUGUAGUGCCGCAGGUCGUAUCUUUGUAUAUAAUGUGGUAUACAAAAACAAAACAGUUUUCAGUGGAUGUUAUAAAGUAAUAUUGAGAAUGGUGUGGCAGGACCAUUACUAUUGGUCAAUAUGCAUGAGGUAAUUCUCGUUUCACACAACGCAACAAGUUUAGUAUUAUUUACAUCUAUUUAUAGUUAAAGAAAUUCUAACUGACAAUGACUGUAGAGUACUUUAUUAUAAUCUUUGAUAAAAUGAGAAUUAUUUAUUUUGAUGAGUACUUUGUAAACAAGUAUAUAUUAAAUUAUUAUUACUAUUUUUAUUAUUGGUCAGUGGGGCAUCAAAGUAAUUUUUUAUAUGUGAGGUAAAGCAUAGACAAAGUAUUUAAUCACCUAUGGUAGGUGAGACCACUGCCCUUUUAAAGCAAUUUUACAGCACUACCAUACCAAAUUACCACGAGCCAUGGGUAGGAUUAUAAGAUAUUUGAACUAUUCAAAAAUAUUAAAUAAUAAUAUAAAUAUGUAAAAAAAUAACAAAACCACAUGUAUUUUAACAUUUUAUUUUAAAUCAUAUAAUAUGUAUUUUUUUUUUAUAUAGAGAAACAAUAAUUUUUUACUAAAUAUAUUUUUUUUUUUACAAUAUCUAGUGUAGAAGCUGAUGCACAUAUGCCAAUUUCUUUCUAUGAUAAAUUAAAAAUUCGUUUAAAUACAUCAAAAUCAAGUAUGUAAAUUAUAUUUUUUAAAUUUAUUAAUUACUUAUUUAUUUAUUACUUAUUUUAAAAUUUGAAUAGAUUUUAAAUAUAUUUUCGAUUAUAAAAUCAUAAUUAUUUUGUAAAGUAAAUAUUAUUUCAUAGUUCUGAUAUUCAAUCUAUAUAAUAUUUAGAAUCAAUAAUUGAUAAGAUAUGUGUAUUUCAUUUAUGUACUGAGCAUAAUUCCUAUUUAAGUAAAAAGAGAAAUAUCAAAAUCAUAAAGUCUUCUAUACUUUUACAAUAUAUUGAUUUUCUUCCAUGAAUUACUGCAUAUUAUCAUGGUAUAAUGAAGUUUGAUAGUAUACUUUGUGUGAGUGAAACAGAAAAUUCAGGAACAACUGAUAACUUCUAUAGCUUAUCUUUUGUUUAUUAUUUAUGCAUAAGAGUACCUAUUUCCUUAUUUUUUUAAAUUUAAGUUAUUUACUUAUAAAUAAUAAUUAAUGAUUUUUAUUUUAUUUCAGCAGCAAAUCCUCAAUCUGAUAACGUAUUAAUACAGUCUAAUUCUUUGGUUCCUGGUGUUAAUAUACCAUUGCCAUUGGUAAGAAACCACUUUCAUUAAAACUUACAGCUUAUUUUUAAAUCUUUACUUUGUUGAUGAAAUUGAAUUUUUUUUUUCCUGAAAUAUUAGUCUGUAUGUCUAUCUUUUCUAAUCUUUAAAUAUAUUAAAAUAUAUUUUUUUAUUAAUAUUUUGAUAUUGGAUUCUGAGUGCAAAAAAGAUGCUAUAUAUUUUACUAAGAUGAUUUUGUUAUUUUUAGAAAACACUAUUAGUAAAAGUGCUCCUAAUUAAUUUAAUUACUCCAUAUCUAAAAAGAUGCAAAUUUUUCCACUAGGUAUAUUUUACUACUGCAUAAUUGAAGUGUUUGAAAUAUUGAAAUAUUGACUGCUACAUGCUGUUUACAUUCAAAACUACAAGUUUUUCUUCUAGUUUAUUAUAGUGGUUUAUGAUAACAAUAGAAUUGAUCCUUUAAUAGUACUUAUUUUAAAUUAUUUCUAGAUACCCAAACGUAUUUCAAAAAAACUCAACAAAAAUCUAUUGAUUUUAUUUUUGUGUUAUUUGAUUGAGGUACUAGGGGAAAAACUGAAGUAAUUAUUACGAGUUCACCAAACUUCACUUUGAUUCAUUGUUGGUCCUAUUUUUGACAAUUUUUCUCUGAAAUUAGUGACAAUUGCUAUGUAUUGUACCAUGAAUAUGUUUCAUUUUCUAGCCUUAAAGUCCAUUUUGUAAAAUUCUUCAUCUUAAUCUUCAGUUAAUUCCUUUAAGUUAAUUUUUGUGUUAACAACUUACAAAUUCCUUCUCACAAAAUUUUCCAUUUUAAGCAAGACCCCCACCUAUUGAUCUUUUCUUACAAUUAUUAUGUGCAUGUAUAAUAAUAUAUUAUUUCCUAUUUAUUUUCUCUCAGCAGUUUGCUCUGAACCAAAUGAAUUCAAACUCUGUAGGUUUUUUUUUUAGGUGGAUUAAAGUAUUAAAAGUUCAGUCAAAUUUAAGUAUAAAUUUCACCGUGUUAAGGAUAGAGUGUGUUUCGUAGCUAUCAACACCCUUAUAGAUCAAAUGAAGCCAGGGGUGGCAUUUUUAAAAUUCAUUGUGUUAGUAUCAAUGAUGUGUCUUGCGGAUUUUAACUAUGAAACAUCAACCCAUAUUGCUACUAGUAUGAUGCUCAAAUUUCAAAAAAAAUGUUUAUUUAUUAAAUUAUUAUUUACAGUUUAUACAUUGUUUAUGCUCUUAACUUUAAGCGUCUAAGUACAUUAAUUUCAAACUUGUAUCUUUGAUGUCAGUGGCUAUGUAGUAAUUAUUUUUAAACUGUAAAAUUGAAUUGAAUGAAGAUCUUUUAGAUUCUGAGUGGAAUUAUUAUUUUUACUAUAAUGAGUGUUAUUUUUUCUGUCUGUAAAUAGUAAACAUGAUUUUGACCAAAACAACUUUUAAUUAAAAAUUGCAUAGUAGUUAUUUUUUAGUAUUUUGAAUAUAUCUUUUGUAUCAGAAAUGUUAUUAUUUUAUAUUUAUUGAAUAUCUAAAGAAAAACUGAAAUUUAUAGGUUACAAUUGUUUUUUUUUUUAUUAAUAUAAUUUGUUAAAUAAUAAGUAAUCAUCUAAAAUUAUUAGUAUGUAUUAUUUUUAGAAUUUUUUAUAUGUGAUAUUUUUUAGUUAUAUUAAGUAUAUAUAUAGCUUCAUUUUGAUAUUUUUAAUAAAAUACAUUUGGUUCUAUAUAAUAUAAUGUUUUUAGAGGUAAGGAAAAAAAAUAGGCUGAAAAUGAUUUCUCUAUAAGUAUUUAAAUUACAAAUUUGCAUGGUGCUAAAUAUAUCAUAUUUUUGAAUAAUAUUGACAUUACAUCAAUAGAUUUCUGUUUUAGGUUGGCAAAUCUAAUUUUACACCAAGAAAAUCAUGGAAUGCAUUUGACAAUAUAUCAACAAAUUCAACACAUAUUAUGAAUGAACUAUCUAAUAAAAGGUUGAAUAUGGAGUCUACACCAGAGUAUAAUUGUAGUUAUCAUUAUGAAGAUGAAAAUGUAGAAUUUGAUUCUCCAGCAAACUCUAUUAUGUUAAAUGAUGAACAUUUAGUUGAUACAAAUACUACUGUUGUAGAAACAAAUAACUUGUCUAACCCUUCAGAAUUCGUCAAUAAUCAAGUUGAUGAUAAUUUACAAUCUAGUAGUGUACAAUUUAAUAAUGUAUUACCAGUUUCUGUACCUGAACCUAGCUCAUCAAGAAGAGAUACGUAUUCUAUUGAUAAUCAAUCUAAUGUGGCAGAAACAAAUACAACACCAGUCCCAAGACGCUCUAUUUUGAAGUGUUCAACAACUGCUAAACGAAUAAAGUCGAACAGUCGAAUGGUUCAGUUUGCACGUUUGCCAAAUACUGAUAGCAGAAUUAAAUGUUCUAAAAAUCGGUUUCAAUCAGGAUCUAGCUUUACUGAUACUAAUGAUAAAAUAAAUAAAAAUGAUCUUUCUCGUGAUUCUAAAAACUUAGCAUAUAGUGAUAUGGAAGAAUAUGAUGAUGAUUUAGAUGGUGUGCAACCAUUAGAUAGUAGUGUUUCUUCUCUGAUUAAUUCACCUAUUCUAGACAAUUUUAAUGUGUCUAAAUCAUCAACUCGAAGAUCAAGAGGUAACAAAGUGAUUAAUCUUAUUAAUUCCUUUGAAAAACGUACCAAUGAAUCACCCAAGCAUAGCAUACGCGCAUCAGACUUACUUAGUAUGAGUGCAAACACUGUGCAUAAUAAUUCCCAAAACAAUGCAAUGCAAGAAUCAAUUUCUUCUGCCAGGAGAGUUAAUUUGGAAGAUGUAUUUCAAUCUGAAGAUUCUUUAAAAAAUGACUUUGUAAAUCAAACAAAAAUUCAUGAAGUUAAUAAAAGUUUAAAUUCUGAAAAUAAUGUGUUUAAUAAAACAAAUACUGAUGAAGUAUUAAACGAUGUUUUGGAUAAAGAUAAAUCUAAUAAUACUAUAGAAGAUGAAUACCAUUUUGCUUCACCUUUAAAGUAUCCUCUAGUAAACUCUAUCACACUUACAGAACAUGAUGAUUUGUCAUCAUCAACUCUAAAUUGUACUAAAAAGGAUAAAAAUAUUUCUGAAGCAAUUAAUAUAAGUGAAACAGAUACUAGUAAAUUUAAUCUAUCUCAUAACAUUGAAGUAGAUAGUGAAACUUCUAUUAACAAACAUUUAAUAAUUUCUGACAAAGUUGAUGAUAUUAAAUGUUCUUUAUCAACUUCUGAAAUAAAUGCUAAACAAAAAAAAGAUAUUAAUAAAGUUCAAAAUUGUUCUAAAACUUUUAUGCAAUUAAAAGAUACAGAUAGAGAUGUAUCCCCCGAUAAAGUUGAAAUAUCAAACAACUUAAAAGUUUUAGAAAAUGACCAUACAAACACACCCAUUGUUUCAAAACUUAUUGAAAAGUCUACAGAUGUAGAAAAAGGUGAUUUAAAUAUAAAAAAUUGUGUCCCGGCUAUACCAAAUAUAUUAGAAUCAAUUAAUACAAAUGAAGAUUGUAUAAAUGUGACAAAUAAUGGUGCACGUGAAGACAAAGGAAAUGUAAACAAUGAUGCUAUAGAAUCGAUUUUAGAAGGUAAUCAUGUAAUCAUACAAAAUGAUUUAAAAUUGGUUGAUGUGCAUAAAGUUGACAAACAAUUGGUUAAUGUUACAGAUGAUACACACAUUUGUACUAUAGAAUUGAUUGAUAUUACAGAUGAUGAUGAUGAUGAUGAUAUACAAUCAGUUAGUGGUUCAAAUGAAGACAAAACACAAAAAAAUGAUUUGCAAUCAGUUGAUGGUUCACACAAGGACUGUGUAAAUGUACAAAAUAAUGAUUUAGAAUCAAUCGAUGUACAUGGAAAUGACAUACAAAAUGAUAGUUUAUCAGUUAAUGGUUUAGGAAAAGAAAGCGUUAACAUAAAAAAUAAUAUUUCUAAAUCACUUAAUGUUACAGAUGAUACACAAACUUGUCCUAUAGAAUUGAUUGAUAUUACAGAUGAUGAUGAUGAUGAUGAUAUACAAUCAGUUAGUGGUUCAAAUGAAGACAAAACACAAAAAAAUGAUUUGCAAUCAGUUGAUGGUUCACACAAGGACUGUGUAAAUGUACAAAACAAUAAUUUAGAAUUAAUUGAUGUACAUGAAAAUGGCAUACUAAAUAAUGUUUCAGAAUCAGGUGAUAUACAUAUAAAUGACAUGAAAGUUCAAACUAAUACUAUAGUAUACGAGGAUGAUAUAAAACAAAAUAAUGAUUUAGAAUCUGUCCAUGUACAAAAAGAAAACAUACAAAAUAAUGAUUUAGAAUCUGUUCAUGUACCAAAAGAAAACCUACAAAAUAAUGAUUUAGAAUCGGUCCAUGUACAAAAAGAAAACAUACAAAAUAAUGAUUUAGAAUUGGUUCAUGUACCAAAAGAAAACCUACAAAAUAAUGAUUUAGAAUCGGUUCAUGUACCAAAAGAAAACCUACAAAAUGAUGUACAAUCAGUUAGUUUGUCAGAUGAAAAAACCAUAAACAUACUAAAUACCGAUUUAAAACCUCUUGAAAAUGCUAAAGAUAUAAAAAAAUAUCGCUUAGGUAAACUAGAUGAUUUAAUAUUUACUGAAGAAGUUAGUGAUGAAGGAUCUCCAUCGCUGGUAGUUCGUUGUAUGUCUAAAAUGUACCAUCCCAAUAUUGAUCAUCAUGAAGUCACUUAUUCUGCGCGCAAAAAUAAUUUAUUAGUUAUCAAUGGUGAUAUUAAGGAAUGUGCAAAUAAAAAUCAAAUCAAAAAUAUUGACAAAUUGAAUAAAAGUAAUAUAACAUGUAAGCAAAAUAGUACGUCCCCUGAAAAUUUAAAUGAUAGCAUGAUGAAUUCUAUUGAGAUAGAACUUAGAAAAAUUCAUUCUGAUGGUAAUGAGGAUGAAACUAAUAUUGCCAAUUCAAUGAGUAACGCAAACAAUACAAGAUCAAAAAGUCCCUUAAAUACACUUGUUGAUGACCUCAGUGAUUCAACAUCAAUUACAACAUUAGCCACGGAAAUUAUUGUUGGUAGUAAUUUUUCAAGUAAUGUUGUUGAUUUACCCACAAAAAAUAAUUCCCAAGAUUCAAAACAAAAUAAGUCUGAGAAAUAUGCUAACAAUGAAUUAAAUAUUAUUACUAUACCUAAAAAUGAACUUGUUUAUUUAACUAGAAAAGUCGUGGAUGAAGAAAAUACUGUAUCUUCAGGUAAUAACAGUAAUAUUGAAGAAAUAGAUGAAACCAUAGAAAAAAAAGUUCAAGGAUAUUUUGAAAAUACAUUGAAUACAUCCAUUGGUAAACCUAAGUAUGAAUCUACUCCUUGGAAUUGUCCUAAAAAUUCUAAAGCGGAUUAUAAUUCUACAAGUGUUCAACCAAAUGAUGUAGCUGAUGCUUUUGAUGAUAAAUGUAGACAAAGGAAGAAUAGUAAUAGUAGUAAUAGUAGUUGUAGUUCAAGUUAUUCCAUGCCCGAGCCUGAAGUAUGGGCACAAAUGUUAAGAGACUUCAAUGAGUCUGUUAGAAAGGCAUCAAUUACCGAUUAUAAGGUAACAAUUCCCAAAAGUACCAGUAGAGUUUUGUUUGCUGGAAAAUCAAUAACAUGUAAAGAUGACAUCAUAAUUAACAACAGCACAAAUAUCAAAAAUAGUAAUAUAUUAAAAACAGAAAAACAAAAUACUUUACAGUGUUCAACAAUAUCAUCAUGUUCACCAAAUAAAACUCUUGAAAUUUCAAAUAAAUAUACUUGUGGCAGUCGAUAUACCAAGAAUAAAAACAAAUUACAAAAUAUUACUGGAGGUGAUAACUGUUCCUUUAAUAGGAUUGAUUCAAAUUGUUCUAAUGAUAAUAAGCAACUUGAAACAAAAACUAGAAAUUCUGCUGCAAUUAAAAGAAAACUAUCUGAAAUCCCUCAAAUUCAAGCAAAGAAAAAGAAGUCCUCAUCUUUGCUUAAAGUCAAUUCAACAAAAUCUAAAAGAUUACCAGAAACAUCAUCUGAAUGUGACACUUAUUCAAGCUCAUCAAAAUAUCAAUCUGUACCUAAAAAGGCUAAAAUAAUGACUAAGAAAAAGAAUAAUACUAUUAGUCCAUCAUUAUUAGCUACAAGAAAUUUGCGUGUUAGAUGGAAUGAGUCAAUUGAGUCAAGUCAAAAAAAUAAAAAAAUAAAAAUAAAUGUUGAUGAAGAGACAUCAUCAAGUAGUGAUACCGAAUUAAAUUCUCAGAGGUUUUUAAAUGUAAUAAAAACAUCUAAAAGAGAAUUACAUAAAACAACUACAGUAAAAAAUACUAAUAAACCUACUAUCGGAUCAAAGAGAAAUAAUUCAAUAAUUGAAUUUAACACCAAUAAAACUAAAAUUACUGAAAAAUCAAAAAAAAAUACACAAUCUAUUUCCACACGUAUUAUGCGUAGUAAUUCCAUGUUAAUUGAUUCGUUUUGUUCAAAAUCAGAUAAAACAAGUCCAAUUACAAAAAAAUCAACCAAAGUUACAAAACUUCUUCCAAUUACUCGUUCAAAAUCAAAUAAGUCAAUUCAGACAAAACAAAAUUUUGCUUCAAAACCUAUUAAAAGUGAUUCUUCAGAGAAUGAUGCAGAACAGAGUUCUGAAACAUCUGAACAAGUUAAAGAAUUAUCAAAAAGAAAAACUCGCAACAUUACAAAAGCUAUUCAAAUUAAUAAUAGUUCAUCCUCAAAAUCUAAUGAAAAAGAAAAAAAUGUUGAGACGUCUUCUGUUCCAUCACAACUACUUAAACGAGGUUGUAAAUUUGCAGCCGAUAUACACAAUUCUAAUAAAAGAAAUGAUUCUUCUUCAGAGAAUGAUGCAGAACAGAGUUCUGAAACAUCUGAACAAGUUAAAGAAUUAUCAAAAAGAAAAAAAUGUUGAAAUGUCUUCUGUUCCAUUACAACUACGGAAACGAGGUUGUAAAUUUGCAGCCGAUAUACACAAUUCUAAUAAAAGAAAUGAUUCUUCUUCAGAGAAUGAUGCAGAACAGAGUUCUGAAACAUCUGAACAAGUUAAAGAAUUAUCAAAAAGAAAAACUCGCAACAUUACAAAAGCUAUUCAAAUUAAUAAUAGUUCAUCCUCAAAAUCUAAUGAAAAAGAAAAAAAAGUUGAAACGUCUUCUGUUCCAUUACAACUACGCAAACGAGGUUGUAAACUUGCAGCCGAUAUACACAAUUCUAAUAAAAGAAAUGAUUCUUCAGAGAAUGAAGCAGAAGAGAAUCCUCAGACAUCUGAACAAGUCAAAGAAUUAUCAAAAAGAAAAACCCGCAAUAUUACAAAAGCUAUUCAAAUUAACAAUAGUUCAUCCUCAAAAUCUAAUGAAAAAGAAAAAUAUGUUGAAACGUCUUCUGUUCCAUUACAACUACGUAAACGAGGUUGUAAACUUGCAGCCGAUAUAUACAAUUCUAAUAAAAGAAAUGAUUCUUCUUCAGAGAAUGAUGCAGAACAGAGUUCUGAAAUAUCUGAACAAGUCAGAGAAUUACCAAAAAGAAAAACCCGCAACAUUAAAAAUAUUCAAAUUAACAAUAAUUCAUCCUCAAAAUCUAAUGAAAAAGAAAAAAAUGUUGAAACUUCUUCCGUUUCAUUACAACUACGCAAACGAGGUUCUAAACUUGUAGCUAAUAUACACAAUUCUAAAAGAAAAAGUGAUUCUUCUUCAGAGAAUGAAGCAGAAGAGAAUCCUCAAACAUCUGCACAAAUCAAAGAAUUAUCAAAAACAAAAACCCGCAACAUUAAAAAAUCUAUUGAAACGUCUUCUGUUCCAUCACAACUACGCAAACGAGGUUGUAAACGUGCAGCAGAUACACAAAUUUCUCAGCCAAAUUCUAAAGGUUCAAAACGUGAUGAAUCAUCUAAAGUGGCCAGCACUACAAUUGGCCAUGAUUCUUAUUCUAUUCAAAAUGUAUCAUCCGAUUUAAUAUUAACCCGAAAUAAGGCUAAGCUUACAGUGAAACAAAUUCAUGACUCUAAAAAAAACCCAAAAUCUACUAAAGAAACUCUAUGUGAUUAUAGUUCUGAUGACUCAUGUUCAUUGAAUAGAAGAGCAACAACCAAAAAUGAGUCAAAUAAGAAUAUUAAAGUAAAAGUUAACAAGUAAGUAAUUUUUGAUUAUGUAAUUUGGUUUAAAUUAUUAUUAGAAUAUAUAAUUUUUAUAGUAUAUUUAUGUAGUUAAUAAAUAUAUUAAUAAAGAAUUAUAUAUAAAAAUAAAAAAUAAAUACAUCGCCUGGGGUAUUAUGAUAUACAUGUAUUAUAUGACCAAUUUCAAAUUAAAAAUUUAUCAUCAGGUAUAUCACAGUAAAAUUGUAAAACAUGAUUGAAUAUACAAAAUUAAAUGAAGGAAUUCAAAGAAAAAAUUUUACAAAUUCGCUAAAAUUCUGAACAAUAAUACAAAUAAUGUAAAAAUCAUAAACAUGAAUAAUAGAGCUUAAAACUUCACAAAAAAUCUCGCUUUAAAAUUGUUUGUUUAUAUAGUUAAGACAAGUAGAAAUUUUAAAAUAAGUUAUAAAGAACACAUUUAUGAAAUAAAAUUAAAAAAGACGUCCUAGGAUAAUGCAGGCGGGUGCAGCCACUGUUAUGUAUAAUUUAAUGUAUAUGUAAACAACAAUAAACCAUUGCUUAUGAAAAAAUGAUUCUGAGUAGAGUUCAGUUGAUAGUGAUGCUUUGUUAACAAUAUACAUGUGAUUUUAUAAUAAAAUAAUUUAUAGGCUUUAUAUAUUUUCUUUAAUAAUAUUUGUUUAAUAUUGUAUUGAUUUUUCCCAUUUAUUAGGAAAACUCCUAGUAAAAUCAAAAAAUGACCUCCCUCAAGUACCUCCACACACCGAUUUCCUUUCAGAAAAGGUGCUACACUUAAAUAUCCAAGGUAAUUUUGUGGUAGAAAAGUUGUUAACAGAUAAAAAAAAAUUAACAUCUUUGUUAAAUCAUAAACUUCUUUACUCCACUCAGAAUCUAAAAGACCGCCCUUAAUUCAAAUUUCGUUAAACAUUUUUUUUAAAAAACAACCAUAAUAUAAAGCUUUGAUAUUAAUACAGACUUAAAGAUAUUAAAUACCCAAAAUAACAUUCACAUUAAUUCAGUUUUAGAAGAAUUACAUAGAUGCAAUGAAAUAAAAAAAAGUAAUUUUAAUAAUAUUUUAAAUGUACAAACAGAUUUUAAAAAUAAUAUCUCAUAUCAGUACAUUUUAGUUAGGAAAUAAUAAUGUUUUUCAAUAUAUAUGUGUCUAAUAAUAACACAUUUUAAAUAAUCUCUCCAUUAAAAUAAAUUAUUUCUAUGUAAAACGAUCAAUUUGUAUAAUCUUUUUCUAUGUAUUACUUUAUUUAAUUUUUAUAUUCAGUUUUACAUUUUGAUUGUGCUAUACCUGAUGAUAAAUUUUUAAUUUGAAACUAGUCGUAAAUACUCCAGGUGACGCAUUUAUUCAUUUAUUUACUAUUAUUAACCAUUUUAAUAAUUUUGUUUACUUUAUCAUUUUAUUUUUUAGUUUUUUUAUGUAAGCCUUUUAUUAACAUGAUGAAAUUUUGAAUCUGCAUUUCAAGUGUAGCCCAAUACAAUUGUUGCAGUGAUGAUGUAAAGGGGUUAAUUUGGGAGGCUGUGUACAGUGGCAUGGGUUAUCUGUGUGGGCAAUAACAGUAUAAGAUGGGGUAAUUCGGGCAGAGCUGCUUUUUGAAAAACUGCCGCCUAUCACCUUAAAUUAUAAUUUCUAAAAAUGUUUUCUUGAUAAAGUUAUUUAUUUUGAUGAAUUAGUCUAUAACUAAAAAAAUUUAAAGUAUUUAGUCAAGUUUAUUGAAGAGUAUUUAAUAUUUUCAUUGGUAUUAAUUAUUAUAUUAUACAAUUUUUUUUUUUUUUUUUCAGAAAUAUUAAAACAACUACACCAAAAGGAAAGAAAACUAAGUAAUUAAAAAAUACUAUAAUUUUAUAAUAUAUACUACAUUAUGGAACAUCCAAACAAUUUUGUUUUAAAUAUUAAAAGUUGGCUAUGGGUUAUUUAUAAAAACAAAUUGUUGAAUGUUUCUAUAAUAUUGCUGCUUUGUUGAUUUUAAUUUCAGUUCCUCCCUUGUUUGUUUUCUAUUGUGCAUUUGGGAUUUUUUAUUUAGAUGUCAUAUUCAGUUUAAUAUAUAAAUAUUAUGUGUAAUGAGUUAUUUAAAACUAAUAAGGAUAAAGAAUUAUGGUUUUAUAAAGAUUUUUUUUUUUCUGUGGACAACUUUUAACUGUAUUACCUUUUCUGAAAAUGUAUUUUUCUUUUUAGAUUUGGAGCAUAGCUAGGGAUCUAGUGGUUUUACAACACAUCAUAAUAUGUGCUUUUUUUGCAUGUGUAUGCAGUGAUGUAGUGAUCGAUUUUAAACCAUGAUGCCUAACAUAUAGUUCAGUAUACCUACCAACCUCCAUAGGCACCCAGAGUGUUUUUCUCCCUAGUUUUUAAUAUUUUUCUCUUCAUCAAGUGGUUCUUAACGUGGGCGGUAGGUUUUAAGAGGGCGUUGGGUGAGCGUUUCCUUUUUCUGAAAGAAAAUUUUCUCGGGGUGGUAUUUUAUAGGGAGGUCAUUUUUUGAUUUUCCCAAAAAUGUUCACAUCAAAUUUGAACAACUGGGAAAAUCAGUACAAUAUUAAACAAAUAUUAUUAAAGAAAAUAUGUAAUGCCUAUUUAAUAAUAUGACAUUUAUAUUAUAGACAAAGCAUCACUAUCAACUGAACUCCGCUCAGAAUCAUUUUUUUUUGUUAGCAAUGGUUUAUCGUAUACAUCAAAUUUUUAUCUACAUUUUUGUUUAAAGUUUUGCUUAUAUUAAAAUGCCUACAUUUAUGUAAUUACUUUUAUAAAUUUGUUGAAGGGUCGAACCCUCCCCCUCUUAUUCUCUUAGUUUGCCAUGUCUUAAAUAAAAACAUAUUUAACUCCCGUCAAUUCAAAAUCUCGGCCCCGCUAUUGGUUUAAAUUAAAGGGAAAGAAACAAUUUUUUUGUUUGUUGGUACGUAUUUUAUUGGGUGGCCUGGAUAAAUUUUAAUUAUCCAGCCCAAAUUUAGUCCCCUCACUGACCCUUCUACAUACAUAUUAAUGUUUUUAUAAUUAUAUUUAGUUAUAUUUUUUAUAAAUAUUAUACAAAAAAAUGAUGACUAUUAGGUAUAUGAAGUUAAUAUGAAUUAAUUUGAUUUAUAGAAGUACAAAACAUGCAACUGAUCUGGCUAAUGAGUACCUAGUAAAUUAUUCUCCUAGGAAAUUGCGAGUCAGAGAAAAAAAGUGA